AUGGGGGCGGCCGCAUCUGGAGUGUCAACGCAAAUGCAAGCAGAGCAUGACCCAAAUGCAAGCUUUCCAUGGUGGGUUCGAUUUCUUGCUAAGGGUGUUGGAAUUAUCGGUGGAUUCUUGGCGAUAUUUUUUGGAGCACUUGGUUUGUUUUCGCUUUCAGCCACGUGUAUCAUAGCUGUUUUGCUGCAAAUGGUAUUUGGUUUUCUGAUUAUUGCGCUGGAAGCUCCUUUUUGUUGUAUGUUCAUAGAUUUCAUCGAAAAACUUGCACAGUUCAGCGAGUCUCGAAAACACUGGCAUAAAGCGGCCCUGUACGGAGCGAUGGGCAUUACACCUAUUAUUAUGUGUCUCGAACUGAAUACCUUUCUUGGGUCUGGUAUGAUCUUCGCUUGUGGAACGAUCUAUGGAUUUAUGGCGCUUGGCAAAAAAGCAGAUCGCGGAACAAUGAUGGCAGCCGGAGAUCCGGCAUGGAGUCCUCAAGUAAAUCAACCAUCAGUUUCAUAG